CAAUGGGAAGCGGCGUGCGGCGGGGCGGGCAGGGAUAUCCGCGGCGCGGGGGCGCCGGUCCUGGCAGUGCGGCGGCGGGCGGCGCGCAGGGCGGAGCGGCGGCGGCGGCGGCGGCUGUGGGCGCCGGGACCGUCUGUGCGUGGCGCUUCUUGGGCGGCGGCGGCGAGGGGCCGCUGCCUGCCGGCCAUGUCGGGCCGGGGGAAGUCCGGUGGCAAAGCGCGGGCCAAGGCUAAGUCGCGCUCGUCGCGGGCCGGGCUGCAGUUCCCGGUGGGCCGGGUGCACCGGCUGCUGCGGAAGGGAAACUACGCGGAGCGGGUGGGCGCCGGCGCGCCGGUGUACCUGGCGGCGGUGCUGGAGUAUCUGUCGGCUGAGAUCCUGGAGCUGGCGGGCAACGCGGCCCGCGACAACAAGAAGACGCGCAUCAUCCCGCGGCACCUGCAGCUCGCCAUCCGCAACGACGAGGAGCUCAACAAGCUGCUGGGCGGUGUGACCAUCGCCCAGGGUGGCGUCCUGCCCAACAUCCAGGCCGUGCUGCUGCCCAAGAAGACGCAGAGCUCCAAGAAGUGAGCGCUGCCCCUGUCUCCCCUCCCAGCCCUACCUCCUCACUGGUACCCUGCCUGUCCUCCUUGUGGGGCUGGGGGUUCCUGCCCUACCCCCCAGCCCGGGCUGGGUGCUGAGCCCUGGCAGCACCCUGCCAGCCCUCUGCUAGUCCCCCAGCCUGGGCUGCAGGGUGCUAGGGGAGCAUGAGUGGGGUCAGGCCCUGCUUGUGCCCCCACUCUGCCCCUCUUCCUGCUGGAAGAAGCAUUUUUGGAGGGGGCACCUGGAUCAUAGCUGUUGGCGGUGGUGGCAUGUGGAGCUGGAUGGUUGAGUCAUGGUGCAAAGCUGCUGGUAGCUGCUGAGGAUUGUUCUGGCUGGCGUGGGGACGGACACGGGCACCCCCAGCUGCCUGUCCCCUCUGCCAGCCCUGGGGCCAUGCAGGGCCCCCCCAGCCCUCCGUGCUUGCCCUGGCACAAGGAUGGGACUGGCUGCUGCUGUGCCCUCCCCGCCAGCAAUGCCAUCCCGGCAGCACUGCAGCGGGGAGGGCAGGGGGCUGGAAAAUGUGAAAAGGAGGCAAACUUUCUCCAUUGGCAAGAAGUGACUGUUAGUUUUGUUCAUGGUAAAGCUAGCGCAUUGCCUACUGUAAAGAAGCUCUGGUCCUAUUUAUUUUAAAGUCUCUUAUUUUUGGGGGUACCUCCCUGCAAAGUCACGGUCCUGCAGCUCCCUGGCUUGGUGGGCACUGGGGGAUUUGGUGGCCUCGUAUUCCGUGGGUCCUGCUCGUGGGGUGGGGCGGAGGGUGCGGUGACAAAUCCCCUCGGAGAGCGUCGCAAGGUCAGGCGCCCGCUGGGAGCGGGAGCUGCCAUCUUCUGCCGCCGCUCCCCUGCUCUCCCGGCUGCAGAAUCCCUUCGUGUCGCUGAGAGCUACCCAUGCACUUCUGGAAAUGACAUGUUGUGGCUCUUUUUGUUGUUUGUUCAACACUAUUUCUGGUUUGAGAAAUAAAGUGAUGAUGCUAUCUGUUAACUGUUACCCUCUAUGGAUUAAUAUAUAUAUUUUUUUUAAAAAAAAAAACCCUACAGUUAGUGUUAAAACUCACUCACAGCUAGUACCAUAUUUAUUUAAUGCCUGUAUGGGUAAUGUGGGAGCAUGGGGACAGGCUAGCUGUCCCGUGAUGCCUGGAAUAGCUGAUGCAGAGACAGCUUUCCUCGCUGCCCAGAGCAGCCGCUUCUGUGGAGGCCGAUAGUCGUGUGCAUGCGGCAGUGUCUAGGCAAUCCGACUGUACACCUUUGUAACAUGUUUUUAAGUUAAAAAAAAAAACAACUUCUAUUUAUGUGCUGUAAGUAGCAUGUCUUCAGCCUAUUGAAUCAGAUGUUGAUCUUGUGGAUGAAGUAAUUUACCCUGGCUCUGAGUCUUAUUACCUAAAGUAGAUGAAUCUGGAUGCUUGUCAACUGGUUUUAUGAAGGGGUUUUUCACUCCGUUGUGGAAUGUGGAGGCGCUGUGUUCGUUAGUGUUGUGCUAAUGGGGGUGCAGAUGUGCCCCGUGGUUAUGCUGGGGUAGCCUGGGGUGGGUGGGGGACACUGUCCACAGCGCUGCUGUGUCACGGACCCCCAGGUUCUCUUCUCCCAUGAUGUGACUGUCACCAGGGGCAAGGUGGGGACAAGGGGUUUCCACUGCCCAGUAUGGUGUUUGUGUCUGUAUCAGUGUCUUGUUCUCUCCCUCAUGUUUUCUUUAGGACCAGUGUUCUGUACAACUCGAGAGUGCUUUGUAUUUCUUAGAAAAAUGCAGAACUUGUGAUACUGAAAAGAACGGUGCAAACCCAAUAUCUGAUUAAACUGGUUCCCUGUUGAA